AUGUCUGUUCGCACCACUCGUAAGACGUUUGAUCCAUAUAUCAUCCUCAAGGCGCGGGAUAUGAUUAAACUGCUGGCUCGGGGUGUCGCCGUCGGUCAAGCCGUGAAAAUCCUCGAUGAUGCGGUUGCCUGUGAUAUUAUCAAGAUUGGCAACAUUGUCCGGAACAAGGAGCGGUUUGUCAAGCGGAGACAACGAAUUAUAGGUCCGGAUGGGAGUACGCUAAAAGCCAUCGAGCUCCUCACAGGGUGCUAUGUGCUUGUGCAGGGUAACACUGUCAGUGCAAUGGGCCCUUACAAAUCUUUAAAGGAGGUUCGACGCAUAGUCCUGGACUGCAUGAAAAAUAUCCAUCCAAUCUAUCGCAUAAAGGAGUUAAUGAUCAAGCGAGAGCUGGCAAAGGAUCCCAAGCUCGCCACAGAGUCGUGGGAUCGCUUCCUACCCAAGUUUCGCAAACGACAUCUUACCAGUGCAGAAAAGAGUGCGAAAAAGAGGGAAGCGGCGGCGACAAAGGCGGAAGCGCGCCAAGCCGCCGCAGCUUCUAGUGGACAGCCGAUGGAUGUCGACGUGCACGAGCCUCCGAAGAAGAAGAAAAAGGUCUACACUCCAUUCCCUCCUCCACAGCUUCCGAGAAAGGUCGACCUUCAACUCGAGUCGGGCGAGUAUUUCCUCAAAUCAUCAGAGAAGGAGGCACGAGAAGCAAUUAAAAGGAAGCAGCAACAAGCAGAGGUUACCGCCCAGCACCAAGCCAAACGAGCAGAGGCCUACGUCGCACCAGAGGAAACUGCUGCGCCGACUGUUGCAGAAAAGAGAAGGAAACGAAAGAGAGAAGAUUGA